CCGAAUGCCUUCCAAAUUUAUUCAGAUUUAAUUCAAACAUCGAUUACUAAACAAGUGAAAACUUCUUAUCCCUUAAUAUGGCUAAAGUUAUGAUAAUCUUCUUCGCUGUUUGCGUUGCUUUGGCUAUGGCCAAACCAGGUGGAUAUGGUGGCUCUUCUGGCGGAUUUGGUGGGCAAGGUGGUUUUGGCGGCGGCAGCAGUGGUGGCUAUGGCCACCAAGGCGGAUCACUUGGCGGUGGCCACGGAGGAUCACUUGGCGGUGGCCUAGGACAUGGCGGUUCCCUUGGCGGUGGCCAUGGAGGAUCACUUGGCGGUUACGGCGGUGGUCACUAUUAAGUUUGACUGAUGUACAUACAUAUGUACAUCCAUACACAUGUAAAAGUCCCGAAAAUUUGUGCACAUACAUACAUA